UAAGGUAAGGUAUGUGUCGACCUCGAGCUUCCUUUAAUCGGUCGUCACGAGGACGUCUGGUCGGGGACUGACGCGCAACGUCCUAGAUGUCUGAGUCAAAAGACAGGCGUCAGAACGCCUCAGGGCACCCAGCUAAGACGACGAUCGAGCAGAGAAAGCCAGAUGCGUGACAGCGCUUAGUGCAUCGUCAUGACCGCAUGAACGUGAAGGAUGAUCGCAUCCCGCGCUGCAUGUGGUAUGUAUCGGAAUCACGUGAGCUUGCUUGCAGUGGGGGAAGCUCCCCCAUCGGGCCAUCGCAUCCCCCAAUUGCAGCUGUGCUUUGCGUGCCUCAGGCACGCCUGGAACCCGCCAGUCAGUCUUAGCCGAGCAUCUUCCUCACGAUUUUCAUCAAAACCCUCAAUCGACCAACCACCUUCACCGGGCCUGCCUUCAAUUGAGCAUUCCGACCCCGUUCGCCCAAGAUGCUCUGCCAAUUGUCCCGAGCUACGCGCGCUCGCUCCGUCGUCGGUGCCAUCACCCGACAGCAGAUGAGGGGCUUCAUUGCUCCCACUGUCUCCCGCAGAGCCGACUUCGUCCAGGAACUCUACCUGAAGGAGCUCAAGUCCUACAAGGUCCCCACCGUCAAGGACAGCGACUCUGUCGGCCAGGUCCAGACCUUUGUCACCCCCAAGACCCCUUCCUCCCCCGAGGAGGCCGACCUCGCCGGCAGCCUCAAGGAGUACGAGAACAUGGCCGUCGAGAUCGAGGGCCAGGAGAGCGUUUCCGCCACCGCACAGCCCGCUGAGCUGCCCGACUGGCUCGAGACUGAGGAUGCGGAGGACGCCAAGGCUCACUAAACGUUACGCUCUUUGAUAGAAAGAGAGACACGGAGAAGAGCACUCGCCAGAGCUAUUGCUACUGAAUCAACGCUAGCUUGGAGAGAGGGGGAUUGAGCGGCACGCCGGCACUCGAGAGAAGGCGUGCCUGUGGCCGUGGGCCGCGGAAGACGAAGCAAUCGUCUCGAAACGAUGAGGAUUUCUUUGUGUCGGUAAUCCUGUGUAUACUUGCCUCGAAACAGCCUGCUGUUGGUG